GCCCGUGUUUACCCUGCAUUUUCCAUUCUCUGCCCCGGGGGCUCCAAUUCAGCCACGGCCUCAGCUCUCAGAAUAACCGUCUGAGGCCAUUCUGCCAUCAUUUUGGAGAAGAGGAAACUGAGGCCCAGAGAGGUGUCACAAUGUGCUUUUGGGAAAAUGUUACCUCUGUCAGCUGAUGAAGAAAUAAUGCUGACGCCCGCAGGCCGCAGAAGUCACAGCUCCACUGCCACAGGACAAGGACAGUCCUCUACACACGGCCCUUCUUCCCAGCCAGUAGGUAUGAAGACAGAAAGAACCAAGUCAAGGAAAGCAAUGUCAUGUGAAAAUGGAGAUAAAACUCCUUCCAGAAGUCUCCAAGACAGAAGGGCCAUGCCUCCCACGUCGGGGGCGCCCACUGCGGAGACCCCAACCUCGUCCGUGGAUGGAAAGGUGGCCCAGGAGCUUGGCAAAGGCCGUGAAGCCAUCGCUGGCAAGGACAAGAGCCCCAGCAGGAAGGCCACCAUCCCGCGGUUCUUAAAUGGAGACAUGAAGAAGAGCCUACCUGAUGGCAGAGGGGUGUACCGUCAUGCAGGCUCUCAGAUAACACGCGCAACCUAUCCCGACGGUCUGGAAGUCGUACAGUUUCCCAGCAAGCAGACGGAAAAAUACCACCGUGAUGGCUCAAAGGAAGUCGUGUUUCCGGAUGGGACUGUGAAACAUCUGCGUGAUGGACGGGAAGAGACUGUGUUUCCUGAUGGCACAGCCAUCAGUGUGGAAAGGAACGGCGACAGAACCAUUGUGCUCAGCAACGGGCAGAGGGAGAUUCAAACGUCCUGCUUCAAGAGGAGGGAGUACCCCGAUGGUACCGCCAAGACUGUGUAUUGCACGGGCUACCGGGAGACCCAGUACGCGUCCGGGAAGGCUGCCCUGAAAACAAGCAAGAUAUUGUCAGUCAGCUGGUUUUUAUAUUAAUGUGGAGAGCUCCCCCGGUCACAGGGAAGGAAUACCUUCUUAAAAAAUCUUCUCACAAGAUGUGGGUUUAUGUACAUGG